UAUGUUUAAUGACUUAGGGGUCGCAAAUAUAGGAAUGCGCCGCCACACCAAUUUUCCUUCUCUAGGUAUCUGUAAGAUUCAAAUUAAUUUCAGUUUCGCUGUUCCCUGUCGAUGCCAUUGAAGCUCUUGCAUGUAUGGUGGUCCUUCUGAAGCAGCCUCUCUGUAUAACCCCAGUUUUUUAGGGUUUACGUGUAUCUUUGUGUUUUUCCCGCUUUUUAUCUCUCUCUCCGGAACUUCAAAGGAAAAUCUUAUAUCUUGGAACACCUCUGGCUUCUUUUAAUGGAGCCUUAUUGAUAUUUUGGGUUUCAUUUGCUCGGAAAUAUGUGGGCUCGUCUUAAGGUUUUUCGCUCGGACGCUCUGAGAUAUUCUAACAAGAGUCGUGGGUCUGCAUGGAAUGUGGCUUCUUUCCACUACUUAGAUGUUCCAAAGAAGAAGGGCAAGGUUGGCCCACUUCAGGAGAGGAGGAUGGUGGAUAGAUCUACGCUUUGGGUAAAAGGAGGAGAAGGGGGAAAGGGGUGUUGGAGCUAUCGACGAAGCCGCCAUGAUCGCCGAGGAAAACCUGAUGGUGGCAAUGGUGGAAGAGGAGGAGAUGUGAUUCUUGAAUGUUCUCCGGCUAUCUGGGACCUAAGCAACUUACAACACCAUCUGAAUGCUAAGAGGGGGGGCAAUGGAUUAUCCAAGAACAAAGUGGGAAGCCGAGGGGCCGACAAGGUUGCUCAAGUACCAGUGGGUACAGUUAUUCAUCUUGUUAGGGGAUCACUUCCGUCUUUGGAAGAAAGCAUUCAGAGUCCAACUCGGAGUCCUGAUCUGGCACCAUGGGAACUCCCUGGUGCUGUUGGCGUUGAAACAGAUAUUCACACUCAUACAGUGGAAUCCAAAAAGGAAAAGCACUAUAGUAAGUCGUUGAAUGUUGAUCAAAUUUCAACAGCCAAUGAACUGGAGUCAAAAACUGAUGAGGAAGAAUGCUUUUCUAGAAUUUCAAAGGGGCUCCAUGAACUCAGUUUCAAAUCUGAUGAGGGAGAGGACUUUCCUAAAAUAUCGAAGGAAAUCAAUGGACUUGACUUGAAAGCUGAUGAGGAAGAAUAUUGUUCUUACUCUGAGGAAGACGUUGAGAAUGAUGAUGAGGAGGUUCAAUCAGAUUACAUGGAAAUGUCUUCUGAAGAGGAGGAAGCCAUACAAUAUUCGGUGGCGGAGUUUACGAAACCUGGGCAACGAAUAGUUGUUGCUCAAGGAGGAGAAGGUGGUUGGGGCAACACAUCUUUUGUGAAAGUUUCUAAGAGAACCAAAACCACUAGACAUGAGGAUGUUCACCCUAUUAAUGAGAUUUCAGAUGAGGAGAUCUCAUCAUCAGAACCUAAUUGUGAAGGUCAACCAGGUUCAGAGGCCCAUCUUAUAUUGGAGCUUAAAAGCAUUGCUGAUGUUGGCCUUGUAGGCAUGCCAAAUGCUGGUAAAAGCACACUUUUAGGGGCCAUAUCGAGAGCCAAGCCGAGAGUAGGCCACUAUGCCUUCACCACACUAAGACCCAACAUAGGAAACCUUCACUAUGAGGACUACUUCUCUGUCAGUGUUGCCGAUAUCCCUGGACUCAUAAAGGGGGCUCAUGAAAACCGGGGGCUUGGCCAUGCCUUUCUUAGACACAUUGAGCGCACCAAAGUUAUUGCCUACGUGGUUGAUUUAUCAGCGGCUUUGGAUGGGAGAAAGGGAAUUCCACCAUGGGAGCAAUUAAGAGAUUUGGUGAUGGAGCUUGAGAGUCAUCAGCCAGGCUUAUCAGAUCGUCCUUCCCUUAUUGUUGCCAAUAAAAUUGAUGAAGAUGGUACUGACUGUGUGCUUGAAGAAUUGAAAGGAAGAGUGAAGACAGUUCCCAUAUAUCCAAUUUGUGCAGUUUUGCAAGAGGGGAUAACUGAGCUAAAAACUGGGCUUAGAAAGCUAGUUAAUGGGGAAGAAGUGCAGAGGCUCGAAUUAUCGGCUAUUAUGGUCGACUAGGCUUCUUCUCUCUUGAAUGGGUUCAUUAUGUGGUAUGUUGGUAGGCUCAUGUUUUGGCUUGAUAAAGUGUGCUGUCCAAUGGACUAUGGUUUAUGGCAUGCCAAUGCUAAGUUUGUCAUCGAUUCCCACUAAUGGAUGGUUUGGAUUAACCUUAAGUUGAAUGUCCCUAUGGCCUCUGCUUCUGUUAAUUGACCACCAUCCAUCAGUCUGAAAGAAUGGUGGAUGUUGCUUUUAGGUACUAUACUUUACAGUCCAUUUUAUGAUGGUAUACUUGCUUUGGGCCUGAUACUUAUUAAUGCAUCAAAUUGUCCAAUAAACUAUUGGCAGUUGAGUACAACAAUUGUCUGCUCAGUUUCCUUAAGUCAACAUGCAAAAGAAAUUUCAUAUUGGCCAAACUAUGGUCCUUGAAUAUUUUGGACGCUUUUAAGCUGAUGGUAACUUUCAAUAUCCGAAGGAAGUUAGAGGAGAGGUUCGUUUUGUAAUUUUCAUAUCGAUUAAUGGCUUACUUUCGAGUGUCAAGUGAUGAUCUCGAGUUAUGUCAUGCAUCCAUUCGAAAAGAUGAACUUGUACACUUCUUUGAAUUUUCGAGUUCUAUGUUACAUAUCUUUGCAGUUUGACUUAUAGUCCCCCAUGGAGGAAAAAACUGGUCAGCUUUCACAUUCGAGUAUGUAUUCCUUUCCUAUCUGCAGUUUGCAGGUUGUGGAGCGUGAUGUGCAAGAGCUUUUAAGACUGUGGAAAUGUGUGGGAAACUCACAUUCCCAUUUCUCUCAAGCAGGUGAAAUUCCUUCCUAUAGAGAAAAAAACGGGUUCCCUUUAGACAUAUUCUGGCUAAAAUUAUUCGGUUUUGGGGUAUGCUGGGCAAAUGUCUUCCUGCUUAACUAUUUCACUUUUAGUUGAACCAAGGAAUUGUUUUUGCUGUUAGUUCAAUUCUUUUUUACCCAGGUGAACUCCCAGCUUACAAAUCAGGGUUUUGCUAAUUUCCAAAAUUUGUAUUGGAUUACCAACCUUGAACAACUUUUAAAUAAUAAUAAUAAUAAUAAUAAAAAGAACUUGAAAAAGAAUUUGCAGCAGAUUGUAUGUUUCAGCCAAAGCUGACCUCUGAAAGGCACGGUAAGGCCCUUCAAGAGGCAACUUCUAGAUGGUCAUUCCUCUUUGCAAAGCCCUCUUGGUCUUCGAAAACUAUCUUGCUUGCCUGCAAAAACAAUUUACUUUUACCUUUACAUGAAGGGAUGCGACACUGAAGAUUUUGAUAAUAUUCCUCCACACAUUCUGCUAAAUAAAUAAGAAAUUUCCCCAUUGCUUUUAUAGUGAUUCAUGUUGAAUGUUGCUCACCAUGCUUGUCAUGCGCUAUUUUGUCUAUUGCAUUCAGGUAAUCCGAUAAUAAUAUGAUAGUUUAUGCAAUUAUCGUGUGUUCCUGGUCUUUUGUUUUUUUAGUCGUAAUACUUGAAGCAUAAAGCUCCAAUAGUUAUUUUCCUCAGAUUCCACUUGUGCGUCCAAAUAAUCACAAACAUGAUAGUUUAUUUUUAUUUUAAAAAAAUCACACGCAUGUAGUUAAACUGUUCUGCCAGUAUUGAGCCAUCAUGUCCAAUGUUUCUUGUUGAUGAGUAUAACAUGUCAAAUUUGCCAAUAUUGCUGCCCUUGUCCACAACUUGGGAGAUCUGCUUUGUUUAGAGCAUUUCCUCCUGAAUUGAAUUUUCUCGGUUAAUAUUUUAUGGUCUUUUUCUUUCUUAAUACAUCUCCAUUUUCUACGUACACCUUUGCGCUUAUAGCUUGGCAGGACAAUGGCAUUUAAACCUCCUCAAACGCAAGAUCAGGCCUAAUUUUUGUCCCAAAUUUAUUAGAAAAACCAAAAAGACAUUCCAAAUCCAGCUGAACUCGGUUAACUUAUUUUCAUUUUCAGCUGAUUUCUGAUUAUAUAUGGAGAUUUCAACCAAUACAGGAAUUUCAGCUGAAUAAUUGUUUGUUUUCCUCUCCCUGCAAAAAUGUCCUGGUGAACCAUAUUUAUUGAAUAUAUCAUUUCCAUGGAUGUGGAUGCUAUGAAAGAAACCAGGGCUCCUAUGCUGGAACAAUGAGCUCAACGAUUUUCCCAAGGGACCUGUGGAGGAGGAGACAAAAGAGUUGGAGAAUGAGGAAGGCCUUCUCAGGAUGAGAUUGGUCCCCAAAUCCAAUGGGGAAGAGGAUGCCCUAAAACGUAAACUGGUGGAAGUGAAGUGAAGAACAGGUUGAAGGACAUGGCAUUGAAACUCACAUUGCAAAGAGAACUAAACAAAGUGUUGAUUGAAUACCUAAAGAAGGCCAUGGACUCGAAUGCAAUCUUCCAAGGGUGAAAGGAAAUGGAAGAUGUGAAGAAUAUGGAGCAUGAAGGUCACCAAGAAGAAGAAUGUUGAAUUAAGGAGGAAAUUUAUUUGUUUUGAUUGAUCUCACUGUAAUGAAAGUAAACAUGGCAGGAUGAUUCUUAAUUGCCUUUUCUCUUUUGAAUUGGUGAAGCAUUAUUUAGGUCAUUUAAUGAGAUGAUUAUUUCACUCAUUCCCAAAGGUUUUACAUCUUUAUAAGCUUUUUUUUA